AUGACUGACUUGACAAUUAACACCAACAGCAGCUCUGAAGAGGUUGUUGUGCGGACACCAUAUCUCCGCCGUGACUCCAUUUACGUCGGUUACAAUCGUCCAGGUUACAACGAGUUCCAUCGAACUAUCUUCAUCACACAUCCUUCACAUCUCGAUGGCACAAUGCAUCACGCAAUAUAUAACAAGGAUACAGAUUCGUGGUCUUACGAGCGACGAGAUAUUGUAGAUCUUUCUAAGGCCCGCAGGCUCGCUGUUCUCUACAGAAUUGCCUCGCUUCCUUCGGGUCAAGAUUCUGAGGAGUGGUUUAGCGAAGUCGAUACUGUUCUGGCGAGUGUCGAUAUGGAUCGGAACAGAGUGAGAAGUUGCGAUACGCUGGAGAGAUUGCAGAUUUCUAACUUGGGAGGGUACUCUUGUAUUGUAUGGUUAGUUGACGCAGUACAAGGAUUGGUAGAUAAAGGACUAGUGGUGCUCAAGGAUGGCUUCAGUGUUGAGGAGGAGCUCAUGGUUGGCAGAUUGAUCGCUGGGCCGGAGGUGGGUACAUUAUCUGUUGCGAUUCAACCUGGACCUUUGAAGGUUGUCGAUGAAAGAAAACUGACAGAGGCCGAAUUGGAGAGGUUUUGUCACUGGCUACGUGGCGAUAGGAGAGUUAGGCAAUAA